CGGCGCAGCGCGACAAGGACAUGCCCAACAUAUUCUGCCGGUUCUACGCUUUCCGAAGACUGAAAUACGCCAAGAAUAGACAACUUGCCAUUGCCGGAUUCUCCGACCCCUAUAAGGAUGCAGAAGAGGAGGAUAGAAAGCUAUGGUUAUCAUCGUCCGUCGGCGCGGCGGAACUAGACAUAGAAAUGAGCUGCUUCCUGCUGCGGGAGAUCGGAGACCAGUUCUGUGAGCUGCUGCAGCAGGAAAAGGAAGCAGAGUCACAUCAUCUUAAUGAAGACAAGACGAUAGCGUGGAAGCGCGUGGUGCAGGGCGUGCGCGAGAUGUGCGACGUGUGCGAGACCACGCUCUUCAACUUCCACUGGACGUGCGGCAAGUGCGGCUUCGUCGUCUGCCUCGACUGCUACAAGUCAAGAACAUCCGGCGACUCGGGCAGCUCCAGCAGUAGUGAGUCCAACAGUUCAACAACUGCCACCACCAACGGAGAAAGAGAUUCUUUUGGGUCAGUUUAUAUACUUAUUAAUCACUAUAUUUAUUAAACAAUGAAGAAAGUG